GGCGGCGGGGCCGCGCCGGCACCGGAGGAGCGAGAGCGGGGGCUGAGGGGCCGCGGGGGGUCUCGCGAGAGGCGGGCCAGCUCUGAGUUUCCCUGGACCCCCCUGUGUCUCAGGAUGUUCCUGAGGAGCUGUGCCCAUGCCCUGCUCCGUGUCAGGAUCCAGCAGCUCCCGCGGGGGCUGAUCCGGUGCCACGGAUCCAGGCGGAGCCAUUACAGGGCCGUGAUCUUUGAGGAGAGCGGGGUCCUGCUCCCAGACCCCCACAGCACAGCCACAGACUGGGAGGCCCAGAAUUGUAUUCCAGCUGGCACCAUCCAGCAAGCCCUGCUGUCCGGAGGGGAGAACAGUCCCUCCCAGAGGUAUUCCAGAGGAGAGCUGACAGCUGUGGAGUUCCUGCAGGAAUUAGGACAGCAGUGCUUUGAGAUUGCAGAUGUCUGUGUUCCAGUGGACUCUUUUCUCUGGGACUUAAUCCGGGCUGAGAUGAUAAAACAGCUCCCCACAAUGGCAGAAGCAGCUCGGUGUGUCCGGGCAGAAGGGCUUAAGGCAGCUCUGCUCAGCAACAGCUCAUCCCUGGGGAAGGGAGGGAGGUUCCUGGCCCUGGAUCGACGGCACUUCGACGUGGUGGUUGACUCCCAUCAGGAAGGAAUUCACUGGCCAGAUCCCAGGAUUUACAGGCUGUGCCUGGAGCGCUUGGGUGUCCAGCCCCAGGAAUCCAUUGUCCUCGACAGCAGCAGCCACAACCUGGAGGCAGCAGCCCAGCUUGGCAUGAAAACAGUGAAGGUCGAUGAUCUGGAGGCAGCACUCAAAGAGCUGGAAACCCAUCUGGGAUUUCCUUUGCGAGGGUUUGUCCCCUAUACUCACUCAGUGGGACCAGGCAUGGAAAUCCCAAAGGAUCAACUGCAAAAGUACCUUGAAAAUGUUCUGGGUGCCCACCCAACAGGCCCUCUGGAGUUACGGCAGUUUGACCACAGAGAGUCCACCCGGAGCUUUUUGGUCAAGUUUGGGGAUCGUUUGCUGGUGCUGAAGAAGGAGAAGGAGCCUCCUGACAGCCCCAGUCCCUCAGGCCCUGCUGUCCCAAGGGAAUACAGGCUCCUGAAGGCUCUCUCUGAAGCUGGUGUUCCUGUUCCCACUGUACUUGCUCUCUGCGAGGACAGCAGCACCCUUGGCUCACCUUUCUACGUGAUGGAGCUCUGCCCUGGCCGUGUCCACCACGACGUGUCCCUGCCGGCGCUGCCGCCCCACCAGCGCCAGGCCCGGUACCGCGCCAUGAGCCAUGUCCUCGCCAGGAUCCACGGCGUGGACCUCAGGGCAGCCAGGCUGCAGGACCUUGGGGAGCACGGUAAUUACAUUCAGCAGCAAGUUGAGACCUGGACAAAGCAGUACCGAGCUAUGGAAACUCACAUUAUCCCAGCGAUGGAGAGACUCAUCCAGUGGCUGCCUCUGCAUUUUCCAGAGUCUCAGAAGACAACACUGGUACAUGGUGAUUUCAGGAUGGACCACCUGGUCUUUCAUCCAGACAGGCCAGAAGUCCUUGCUGUCCUUGGCUGGAAGUUUGCAGCUCUAGGAGAUCCCUUCUCUGAUUUGGCGAAUAGCUGCAUGGCCUAUUUCCUGCCACCUCACUUUAGUGCUCGGAGAGGCUUGAGGAAGUGUGAUUUGAGGCAGCUGGGAGUUCCCACGGCAGAGGAGUAUUCCCAGAUGUACUGCGGCCACAUGGGAGUGGAGCUCCCGGAGAACUGGAAUUUCUACAUGGCCUUUGCCUUUUUCCGCCUGGCCGUGGCGUUGCAGGGGCGGCACCAGCGCUGUGCGGCAGGCAGCCCAGCCCAAGGUGACAGCAGCCCUCAGGAUGCAGAGUUUGUGGCUGACCUGGCUUGGGAGUUUGCCAUAAAGGAAGGAUUCCGUGUGUUUGAGAGCCUCCCCCCGACAAAGCUGCUUGCACGACAUUCCAGCACCUGGGCCGGGCGAGGGCCAUUUCCCAGCAGGAGUUACAGCACCUGGCCACGUCCUGUGCCCAAGGUUCCCUUGGUCAUUCCUCCCAUCAGCCCCUUGGGGAUGGCCCAGGAUCUUCACUGCAAGCUGGAAAAUACAGUGGGGCUUUCUGAGUUCCCAGCCCAAUGGACUCCACGUGCUCUGCCAGAACUGCAGGCAGAGCGUGCCAGGACCAAAGCAGAGGCUCUAGUGGCUGUACAGGCCAUGGAUCAGGGCAGCCAGGUCUCUGGAGCAGAACAUCUCCCCAGUGCAGAUCCCAGCCUGGUGCUUCCCUUGGACCUGAGCUCCACGUCUGGCUGAGGGUCCCAUGAGGGUCCCAGUCCUUUGGAGACUCGGAUGGAAAACUAAACCAUCCACUGUGGCACAGGAGAGGCCCUUGUGCUAAGGGCAGCCUGUGAGCUUCCUAAUUCCAGUGCUGUUUGUUGUUAUCUGUGCUCAGUGCCUUUAUUGCCCAGCUCAAUAUGGGGCAAAAUCCAUCCUUGGACCAUGA